GGUGUUGGCAGGGAGGCAGAGAUCGACUUCUAGGCGCCUCACUUGUGGGGUGCCACAGGGGUCGGUUCUCUCGCCUCUCCUGUUCAACAUCUACAUGAAGCCGCUGGGUGAGGUUAUCCGUGGUUUUGGGGUGGAUUAUCAUCUGUACGCUGAUGAUACUCAGCUGUACAUUUCCACCCUGAACCACCCCAAUGAAGCUAUCGAGGUGAUGGACCGGUUUCUUGAGGCCAUGUGGGUCUGGAUGGGGAGGAACAGGCUCCAGCUCAACCCCACCAAGACAGUGGGGUUCUGGCAUCCCGGUACAGUCAGCUUACACCUUCACUGACUUUUGGGGGUGAAGUUUGGGCCUGGACUAUUCCAAUGCUCUCUACCUGGGGUUCCCCUUGAAGAGCACCAGGAGGCUCCAGCUAGUCCAGAAUGCAGCUGCGCGGGUAAUAGAGGGAGCACCACGUUCCUCCCAUAUAACACCUAUCCUGCAUGACCUGCACUGGCUGCCGGUAGCCUUCCGGGUGCAAUUCAAGGUGCUAGUGACCACCUUCAAAGCGCUCCAUGGCUUAGGACUGGGUUAUCUACGAGACCGCCUUCUGCCACUGACAGCCUCCCAAUGACCUGUGCGCUCCCACAGAGUGGGCCUGCUCCGGGUGCCAUCAUCCAAACAAUGUCGGUUGGUGGCCCCCAGAGGGAGAGCCUUCUCUGUGGCAACACCGGCCCUUUGGAACGAGUUACCUCCGGGGUUACGACAACUCCCCGACCUCCGAAACUUCAAGCGGGAAUUGAAGACUUUCUUAUUCAAUCGUGCGGGACUAGCCUAAGUGUAUUUUAAUUAAUUUAUUAUAAUUUUUAAAUUUUAAAGGGUUUUAUCGGUCUUGGGCCGUUUUAGUUAAUUGGCCUAUUAAAUAUUUUGUUUUAAAUUUUAAAUCUAUUAUUUAUAUUUUGCAUUUUCUGUAUUCUUAAUAUGGCUGUAAACCACACUGAGUCCUUCGGGAGAAGGCGGUAUAGAAAUUAAAUUAUAAAUAAAAUAAAUAAAUAAAAAUCAUUUAUCCAAUAUUUUCCCCUCUUCAAAUUUUAUAAUAACCCAUUUCUUUUAAAACAUUUAUUCCAUCCCUUUAUCCUGAAAAAUAUUUGAUCAAAUCUAAUUCCCAUAUUUUUUGUCCCUUUUCUUGGCCCUCCCUUUCAAGAAACAAAAUACAGCUCAAUUAUCUGUAAUAUUUAUCAAAGACCUAUAAUGCUCUCAUUAUAGGUCAUGUAAUGUAAUGCUCUCUACAUGGGGCUCUCCCCAUGUAAUGCUCUCUACAUGGGGCUCCCCUUGAAGUGCACUCGGAGGCUUCAGUUAGUCCAGAAUGCAGCUGCGCGGGUGAUAGAGGGAGCUACGCGUAGCUUUAAAGUGCUCCAUGGCUUAGGGCCUGGGUACUUACGGGACCGCCUGCUGUUACCACAUGCCUCCCACUGACCAGUACGCUCUCACAGAGAGGGACUUCUCAGGGUGCCGUCCGCCAAACAAUGUCGGCUGGCGGCCCGCAGGGGAAGGGCCUUCUCUGUGGGGGCUCCCACACUCUGGAACGAGCUUCCCCUGGGUUUACGCCAAAUACCUGACCUUUGGACAUUCCAUCGCGAACUGAAGACACACCUUUUCAUCCGCGCGGGGCUGGCUUGAAUUGAAUUUUAAUGUUAAAUUUUAUUAAUUUUAAAUGGGGUUUUUUAGUGUAUGGCAAAUUUUUAAUUUUCAGGCUAAUUUAAAUAAGUUUUUUAAAUUGCAUUUUAAAUUGUACUUUGUAUUGUUUGUUUCAUUUUGCCUGAGUCCUUCGGGAGAAGGGCGGUAUAAAAAUCAAAUAAAUAAUAAUAAUAAUAAUAAAAUAAUAAUAACCAAAAAAUAAAAUAAAAGCUAGGUCAAAUUCUCUCCUAUCUUAAAUCUCACCUUAGUUAAAAGGUCACCCAUCACUUAUUUGUUUCAAAAUCCCAUUCCAAGUAAAAAAAAGAGAGAAACAAUUAAAAUAGUAAAAAACAAUUAUCCCACUUCUCAUAUAAAAACAAAUUUAAAAGCCAAGUAAAAAUCUCUCCUGCCUUAACUCUCACCCUAAUUGAAAGGUCUUCCAUCACUUAUUUAUGUCAAAAUCCCUUUCCAAAUAAAAAAGCAUCAAAUAGGUCACAAAAGCAAAUUAAAAAAGAACACAUUUCACACCUAUUGCUCAUGUUCAGCUAGUUAUAUUGGAGGUUUUAUCUCCAAAUAAAAAGCAACAUAAAAAGGAACAAAUAAAAACAAAGUAAAAAUCUCUCCUAUGAUAAAACAAAAAUAAAUAAAUAAAUAAAAAUUUCUCCUAUCUUAAGCCUUACCUUAAUUAAAAAAUCCCCUAUCACUUGUAUUAUUUCAAAAUCCCAUUCCAAGUGAAAAACAUUAAAAUGAUAAAGUAAAAAGAAAAAAGAAAGGAACAAACAGUAUCUCAUUUCUCACGCAUUAAUCAUAUUCAAAUCUUCUACUUAAAAGCUUUAUCUUCAGAUUUUUUCAGUUUCACUAAAUGUGCUCAAAAUACUUUAUUUUCUUAACUUAUUAAAUUCUUUGUUUGCCCCCAUCCUCCUCAACAUUAAUACAGGUUUUAAUUUCAAACAUUCUCAGAAACAAACAAUAUCCCAUUUCUCACUCAAUGUUCAUAUUCAAAAAGCUUUCAAUUUCACUAGAUGUGCUCAGAAACUAUAUUUUCUUAAUUUAUUGAAUUCCUUGUCUUAUUUAUUCUUUAAUAUGCAACUCUUAAAGGUCAACCAUCUAGAUGCAAAAAUAUUUCUUUGGAAUGUCCUGAAAUCACAAGAACAUUCCUCUUUUGUAUUUCUUCUUCUGCCUUUAGGUGUCAGUCUUUAGUGGUUAUUUAAUAUUAUUUUCUAUGUUAUUCUUUAAUAUUAUCAGUCUUAAAGGUCAACCAUCUGGAUGCAAAACUCUUCCUUUGAAGAUGUUCUGAAAUCACAAGAACAUUUCUCAACUGCUUUUCUUCUUCUGCCUUUAGGUGUCAGUCUUUAUACUGCAGUUACAAUCCACAAUUAGCAAAGUAUCCAUUUUGGAGCCAUGUUUCCUUUGUUUCAAUUUGUUUCAAUUUAUUGCCUCCUUUCAGUCCCACAAAUAGUUACAUUAUAAUCCUUUAUAACCAAAAUUGUAAAGAGUGGAGGGGUUGAAAUAAAGUCAGUUAAAAUCCAAUUUUUAAAAUCCUAACCAAUUCCAUUUUCCCCCCUUCUUUUUCUUCCCCCGCUUCUUGAUUGUAAUUAUUAAAAUAGUCAACAAAAACUUUUAAAAUUCUCCAAAGUCAAUUGUAAUUAAAGUGUAUAUUUUCUCCUAUUCAAUUAGAAUUCUUAAAAUAGGUUCCAAACCCUCUUUUUUCAGGUUUUGGGUAUCUUUAAUGAUUUCCUUCCAUUUCCAUUUCUUGCUUCAAUUAGCCGCUGUUCACAGUUUUUCUUAAAAUGCUUAUUGGCAAACUUGCCUUCAAUGCCUCUCUGUGAGCUGAUGAUAACUCACGCAGCUUCAAUAGAUUAUUCAAUAAUUAUGCUUACUCCUCCUGCCCGUUCUUGUGGCCGCCCGACUUCAAGCAGCUGUUGAUGGCUGUGAUCCUCCUCGCUGGGUCAAGGGAAAAGUGCCGGAGCUGCAGGGAAUUUGCAGCUUCCCCAUCCGCUCUGGCGGCUCCCUCAUUCUUCGCAACCCUACAAGUCGGCUAUGGUCCAAGACGGAGCCCCCAUUUCAAGGGGAUUGUUGGAACUCACCCUGGAGCUCCCGGGGUUCGUGUCCGUUUGUCGCGACAUUGGCCACGCCUCCCCAGACUGGUAUCUUCAAAUAGUGUUGCUCUCUAUUUUUUUUCCAUACUAAUAAAGCAUUUUUUAUAUAGUGUCUUUGGAACGAACCAUGUAUCUUAUUUUUCCUAUACCAUAAAAAAGCAUGCCAACCUAAUUGCAGAUAAUAUCCCUCCGAUGUCAAUAACCUUGUAUUUCUCAAUACAAUCCACUCCGGGCAGGUGGGGCUUCCGCUCUUCUUCGGGCUGCCCGGAUGGUUUCUCCUGGUCAGGAGGAAGGCAGCCCUAAGUCCCUGCUCGGUGCCAAGAGGGUCCCAGGCGGAUGCGGAGCUGGACGGGGAUCCUCUUGGCAAAGGGGAGAAGCCUCCCCCCACGGAGGGUAAAGGGGGCUUUUCUUUUAAGGGGGGAUUAUGGGUAAUUAAGUACUUCAAUUGGGGAGGGGGAAAAGGUUCCCCAAUCUAGAAAAUAUCCCCUUUCUGCUUUAUCUAAAUAGAGAAGAAUGAAUAUCCUGGAUUUUAUUGUAAUUCUUUAAUUAUUUUGUUUUUGUUUAUACAAAGCUGGGUAGACUAUCUAAAAAACAUUAUUUCCUUUGUUUUGCUCUGAAGUGCCUGUGAUGUGGCAGCUCUUUCUUGGUGGCUGUUUUAGAAAGGAAACUAGCAAAUGGUAGAUGAACCCUGAGAGAGAAAUCAGAAUCAGAAUAGAGCUGGGAGGGGCUUUGGAGGUCUUCUAGUCUAGCCCCCCUCCUCAAGCAGAAGACCCGGUGCCAUUUCAGAUAAGUGGCUCUCUUCUUAAAAACUUACAGGACUGAAGCACCCACAACUUCUGAAGAAAAGCUGCUCCACUAUAAUCAUAUUGAGUAUCAGGAAAUUUCUCUUAUGUUGCUUCUCUCCUUGAUCAGUUUCCAUCCAUUGUUUCUUCUCCUGCCUCCUGGUGCUUUGGAAAAUAAAUUGACGCUCCUCCUCUUUGUGGCAGCCUCUUAAAUACUGGAUUACUGCUAUCAUGUCCCCCCUAGUACUUCUUUUCUCUUGCUACCAACCUGCCUUCCACUGAGGACCUGUAUACUGCAUGAGUCAAAAAGAGGGCUGUGAAAAUAUUUACAGACCCCUGGCAUCCUGGACAUAAACUGUUUCAACUCCUACCCUCAAAACGACGCUAUAGAGCACUGCACAGCAGAACAACGAGACACAAGAAAAGUUUUUCCCCGAACGCCAUCACUCUGCUAAAUAAAUAAUUCCCUCAACAAUGUCAAACUGUUUACUAAAUCUGCACUACUAUUAAUCUCAUCAUUCCCAUCACCCAUCUCUUUCCACUUAUAACUGUAUCUUUUUUGCUUAUAUCCUUAAAAUUUAUCCUGUAAUUGAUUGUUUCCUGAUUGCUUAAUUGUAGCCUAUGACUAUCAUUAAGUGUUGUAAGUGUUGUAUCUCGAUGAAGGCAUCUUUUCUUUUAUGUACACUGAGAGCAUAUAAACCAAGACAAAUGCCUUGUGUGUCCAAUCACACUUGGCCAAUAAAAAAUUCUAUUCUAUUCUAUUCUAUUCUAUUCUAUUCUAUUCUACCCUACCCUACCCUACCCUACCCUACCCUACCCUACCCUAUUCUAUUCUAUUCUAUUCUAUUCUAUUCUAUAUUAUUAUUCUUUCCAAAACAGGCAAGGAAAGUCAGAUUAAAAUUUAGGUCCUACCCCUGGAGUUUCUUUGCAACCGUCCAAGCAUGUACAAACAGUUUAUUCAUGAACUUCUUUAAAAAUUCCAGAUUGGGUCAACCUUCAUCUUGGGGGUUUUGUACAUUUUGUAUCACAAUAUAAAAAAGAUGUUGAGCCUAAUAAGGGUGCAGGGAAGAGCAACAAAGAUGAUUAGGGAGGGGACUGGCAGCUACAACGAAAAAGGAAAGGUUGCAGGAACUGAUUGUCUAGUCCAGGGGUCUGCAAACUUGGCUCUUUUAAGACUUGUGGAUUUCAACUCCCAGAGUUCCUCAGCCAGCAAAGCAAAGCUGGCUGGGGUAUUCUGGGAGUUGAAGUCCACAAGUCUUAAAGUUGCCAAGGUUGGAGACCCCUGCACUAGACAGUCACUUCUCUGGAAUGAUAGGAUCUCUUGGUUGGGCUAGAAGACCUCCAAGCUCCCAACUCUUAUUCUGAAGAUUUGCUCAUUCGUGGCUUUGAAAGUUAAACAAACCGACCGGUUACCCCACAGUCAGCAAACCACCAUGAAAGGAAAGCUUCUGGCAUGAGUGUUUCCUGAUGCCCCGAAGCGCACAAAAAAGGGGAAAUUGUAGGCUGUCCUGCCUCCAAGUCCUCCCCAACUUUGGGGGAAGCAGGGAGCGAGGAUCCCCAGUCGCCUCUUCCCAAGUGGGGGGGGGGCGGAGGGAGGGAAAGGAUCCCGGCCACUCUGGACUCCAUCCGGCUUGGAAAGAGGCGCUUUCCAAGACGCAGAGGAGGAGAGGAAAGGAGCAGCUAGAGCGUUUGAGGGAGGGGAGCUGAAUGUUUUGCUAAGCUUGGAACCAAGGCAACCUCUGGUGGAGGGAAGAGAGACGGCAAAUUGCCCGCUAAACCCUGCGAGACCACCCUAAAAGGGGUAGAAGUCGAUGAGUUCGCUCCCAAGACAGGAUGAGUUGGGAACUCCGACCCCCGCCGAUGACAGCAAAACUGAAACUGAUUCCGACAAGGACCUUCUGUAAAUCAGAGUGGGGGACCCAUGACCAUCCCAGUGGAAUGACCCCUCCUGCUUGGACUGCCCUGGCUCCAAAAAUGGAAUCCGUGCAUAAAUUGGAGGACAGACGUGUUGCGCAUCUGCUCUAACCAGCAAGGAAAGGGAGGGGGGAGCCCCUAUUGCAUGGCCAAAGUGGCAAGUGAGUUGGCGGUGGCUGCAAUGGAACAUCUGGUGGGAGAGGAAAAGAUCCCAAAAGAGUACCGGGACCUCCGGGAGGUGUUUAGUGAGAAGGCGUUGGAUGCCCCCCCCCCAAUCGACCUACAGACUGUAGCAUAGAAAUCCUUCCAGGGGUAAAGCUCCCUAAACCAAAGAUCUACUGUAGCCCAUGACCCCCCGGGAGCUGAGAGAGCUACGAGACUUUAUUGAUAAAAAUCUAAAACGCUGCUUCAUCCAACAGGCUAGGCCAUGAGUAGCCCACCCAGUGCUAUUCCAGGAAAAAGAAGAAUGGGUCUUUUCAUCUGGUGGUUGACUAUAAGAAUCUAAAUGCCAUAUGUGUGGAAAAUGUUUACCCACUGCCCCUCCUGAAAAACAUGCCCCUGCUCUAAUCUACUAAGAUGGUUUGAAUAUUUGGGGUAUUUGCUAUCCUACCCAAUAUCUGCAAGCCUGAUAAGCAUUUCCUACACUUUAACCCAAUUCAUUGUGAGAUGAUCAUGGCGUGAAUGACUGUCUAAAUGGCCUCAUGAUUGAGGAAAGAGCACAAGUGGCACACAAGAUGAACCUGGGCAAAGGCUCUCCUGGCCAUAACUGCCACCUGCUUAAGCAGUACCUGUUAAGCAGUGCCUGUGAGUCCAGAAGGACUUGGGCACCAGUUUUGAUUAUGAAAACACAGUCCUAUGCAAAACCAAGGAUGUCAGCAACCCUGACCUAGAGGAUCUAAACAGCCACAGCCAUUUAGUCUUGAACCUCAGCCUGUUCUGUCCCAUUCAGUACCAAACAGCUCCAUUGGAUCAGUACACUGACCAUUUUACCCGUGAUACUCAAGAGAUGGCGGAGAUAUAAAGCUGGGGAUCAUCAUCAUACUGAUCCCACACCCCAAACUGGUGGAUGACCUCAUCAGUGAAUUCAUGUUGAUACUAAACAGUGCCAUUCUCUGGUUCCGGCUUUUCCCCAGAGCCUCCGCCAGCUCACCUCAGCCUGGUCAGGGAAUACAACAUUCCUCCACUCCAGCUCUUCCCCAGGCCUCUGCCCACACGUCACUGCCCCCCUGUGGUCUCAAACUAUGCCCCCCUGGGCCGAAGCAAUUGAUUUGGCCUGUGGGCUGCUGUGGUAGGCUGAAGGGCCGCUUGGAUGGGGUGGCAUGAGGCCAGGAAGACCGAAGUGGUUUAGGAAUGGACUGGACGGUGGUCUCUGGUGGUCUCCCAUUCAGAAGAGAAGAGCUGACUUGAGGCUUGGAUGGCAUGUUUUUUAUGAUGCAAUAAAGGUGCCACCAGGAAAACCUUUGGAGGAAGCUUUAAUUGCAGGAUCCCAUCUGGCUCCGUCACCGGGACCAGUAGUUUCAUCUUCUCAGCAUUUGGACUCGUGCUGGAGCUCAUCCUCCUGCCCAUCUUCCAACCUUUUGGCCAAAGUUCUGCUUGUUACAGUUUCCUUGGAUUGAAAGCUGUGGAAGUGAGCAGCCGCUGGAAACUAUGCAGAGGGGGGAACACAUUGGCCAAAGGUCCCUUCAGAGGAAUCUGGGGAGACUCUACAAAUGCUCCAAGUGCGGGAAAUCCUUUGGUCACCGGUCCCUCCUUUUGAUCCACCGGAAGCUGCAUACGGGGAAUGGAUCCCACCUGUGUUUUCAUUGUGGAAACUCCUUUCCUGGAAUGUGGAGCUUUGCCAAACAUCUCCGGAACCACCCUGGACUGAAGCCUUACAAAUGCGGAGAGUGCGGGGAGCAUUUUGCUAAAGGAUCGGACCUUGGAGCCCAUCAGCGAAUCCACCAGGGAAAGAGAUCUCAGGAAUCCUGGAAGCGCUGGGGAAGAUUUCCUGGGAGACGGCGUCUUUCUAGGCCUCAGAACAGCCCAGCUGAAGAGAAGCCCUGCAAGUGUGUGCAAUGUGGGCUGUUCUUUUCUCAAAACUCACAGCUGCUUAAACAUCAACAAAUCCACACCAGAGAGAAACCUUAUCAAUGUCUGGAGUGUGGGAAAUCUUUCCGUUAUAAACAAUUAUUUAGAAAACAUGAGAUUAUUCACACAGGACAGAGUCCUUAUAAAUGCUUUGAGUGUGGAAAAUGUUUCACUCGGAGCUCAUCUCUUUGCCAACAUAAUAAAACACACACAAAGAAGGAAAGCAAAAUGUGUCUAGAAUGUGGGAAAUCUUUUUCCAGGAAAUCAUACCUAAUUCGACAUCAGAGAAUUCACACAGGAGAAAGACCCCAUCAGUGCCCAGAAUGUGGGAUAUAUUUUCAUCAAAAGUCUCACCUAAUUCAACAUCAGAGAAUUCACACUGGGGACAGACCCUAUCAAUGCCCAGAAUGUGAGAAAAGAUUUGUGGACUCUGCUAUACUUCGGAGCCACCAAAGGACACAUACGGGAGAAAAACUAUACAAAUGUAAUGAUUGUGAUAAAUGUUUUUCUUUGAAAAAAUCUCUUUUUCAACAUCAGAGUAUCCAUACAGGGGUGAAGCCCUUUAUGUGCAUCGAGUGUGGAACAUUUUUCCGUACAAUACAAAGCCUCCGAAGUCAUGAGAAUGUUCACAGAGGGGAAAAAAAGUUCAAAUGUUUAGAAUGUGGGAAAUCAUUUGCUCAUUCAUCAUCCUUUAGAAUUCACUGCCAAAGUCAUACCUAA